AUGAGAGAUCCUAGAGAGGUAUUAAAUAAUGAUCUUUACGACGUGUUAACUUCAGAGGGUGAGGAGGAAAAUGAAAUCGAAGCUCAAAUAGCUGAAAUUGAACGUCAGAAAAAGGACCUACUCCAAAGAUUAAACGUUAAGAAAACCAAUCCAAAGCCACUAGAUCCAAAUUUAAGCCAUAUACAGGUCGAAAGUUCACCAAAAAAGGUUACCAAUAGUGUUUUACCGCCAACAGUUCAACAACAGGAACCUAGAGGUGAGGUUAGGAAUGAAAAUUUAAAUGAAUUGAAAGCUCAAUCCCAGGAACAAAUACCAGCCAAUACUACAUCCUUUUUCAUCGAAAAAUACUCAACCUCUAAAAGAAAACAAGAUUAUGAAGUAAGAGCUCAAGAAGAUCUGCUGAGCAAUAGAGUUCAUACAUUCCAGGGGGCAAGAAGGCAAGAUGAAUAUAAGCCCAUUCCCACUAAUGAACUAGAAGAAUUUUCUAAUCUAUGGAUUAGCAAACGGUAUAUUCCUAAAGAGGAACAGAGAUCAAUUUUUGCUAAUAUUAAGAUACUGAGGUUGAGUAAACUUUUCGCUAAAGUUAAACCUCCAAAAUUUAAUGAGCCACCAUAUAGCAAUUGGGCGGUUAUUGGGCUCAUCAGUAAUAAAGGUGAAGUUAAAUUCACAUCAGCAGCAUCACCUAAAAAAUAUUUUAAGUUUACUCUGACGAAUUUUCAGUAUAGUAUAGACACUUAUAUCUUUGGGAAAGAAGGUGUAGAACGGUACUAUAAUUUACGUGUGGGUGAUAUCAUUGCCAUUUUAAAUCCACAAGUUUUACCAUGGAGACCGUCGGGGACCAAGGCUCAUAUCAAAUCUUUCAAUUUACGAAUAUCCCAUAAGUUUGAAUGUAUCCUCGAGAUCGGUGCUAGUCGCGAUCUUGGAUGGUGUCCCAUGUUUAACAAAUCAAAGAAUGAAAUUUGUAGGGCUCCUAUAAACAAGGAUAAAGAGGAUUGUUGCGAGUAUCAUCGUGAACUCAAAUUCAGAAGUACUAACGCAAAGAGAGUGGAAUUAAGCGGGACUUAUGCACUGGGGGCACCAACGAGAAUUGAUGCACAACCUGCCCUUUAUCGAGGUGGAUCUUCACAGAAGAAUCUUAAUUAUAAUAUAAUAACCAAUGGAGCAGAUGGUGGGUCAAAUAAAGAAAUCAAUCCUCUGGAUAUUAACGCAAGACAUUUUUCCAAUAGAAAUGCAGCAAAAGCAUUCUUCGAUGAGAGAUUUCAAAAUCCAGAGACUCUAAGAAACUUGGAAAAUAAGAGAAGAAAGUUACGGGAUAAUCGUAAGUCAAACAUUCUGAAUCGUGAAUUGAAGAAAAAUUCUGAACUUGACAUAAAACACAAGAGUGCCGAAGAGAUUGAUGAAAUAAAACGUACAACUGAAUCUACAAUGGGUAGCGGUAUGAUGAAAAAUCUUGGUUUUGAUCCGACGCAGGGGAAAAUUGCCAGUGUUUUCAAACAUCAAAGGAGUGAUUCUGAUAAGAAGCCAUUAACUGAAAAAGAUUCCAGCGUUGCAUCCCUCCUAAGUUUUAAGAAGGAUAACGUUAAAUUGAAACCUUCCAAAGAAAUAUUGAUUAAGCAAAAGAGACGGAGGGAAAGAGUUUGGAAAGAGCAUUUCGGAUCAGGCGGUGACGAAAAAGACGAUUCUGAUAGCGAUUUAGAAAUUGUCAGCUAG